ACCUCUCCCUCGCUGUCACCACCAAAUCCACGACUCGCUAGCCAUAUACCCGUACUACCUCGCCCUCGACCUUCGCUUGUCUCUAUCAAAGUCUUUCUUCAAUUGUUCGCCGAGAACUGCUCUUGUCGUUUUCUCUUUUUGUGCAGCUCUCUAUCUGUUGCUCCGUCAAUCACUGCAUCAACAAACAACUCUUUUCUCUUGUGCUAUCAACCACUACAUCAAUACAUCGCAGGAGCACCAAAAAUAAUCAUUUGUCAUGCCACCAGCAAAGAAGGAGCCCAAAGAGAAGAGCACUCAUAAGCUUGCCUUGAAAGGCUCUUCCAAAACUGUCACCGAAUUUUUUGAAUAUUGCAUCAACACUAUUCUAUUUCAACGUGGUGUUUACCCACCGGAAGACUUUACAGCAGUCAAGAAGUAUGGCCUCAACAUGCUGGUUUCCCAGGAUGAUCAGGUCAAAGCAUACAUCAAGAAAAUCAUGUCACAGCUGAACAAAUGGAUGCUCAAAUCCAAGAUCUCAAAACUGAUCAUAGUCAUCACCAGCAAAGAGACUGGUGAGCCCGUCGAAAGAUGGCAGUUCGAUGUGCAAAUAUUCGGCAAAGAAUCAAAAAAGAAAGGAUCCAGCAAGACCGUAGAUGAAAACGCUGAUAGCACAACCGAGCAAGCAAAUGAAAAGACAGAUCAGGAUGUCCAACAAGAGAUCCAGUCCAUCUUCCGCCAGAUCACAGCUUCCGUCACAUUCUUGCCCAUGCUUGAUGGCAACUGCACCUUCAAUGUCCUGGUCUAUGCCGACCAAGAUUCCGAAGUUCCUCUGGAAUGGGGUGACAGUGAUGCCAAAGACAUCCAGGACGCCGAGAAAGUGCAACUACGUAGCUUCUCCACCAACAACCACAAGGUCGAUACACUUGUGAGCUACAGAUUGGCGGAAUGAGCGUUGAGAAGAGGAGACUUCCCAAGUAGAAGGCAAGGUUUGGGCUUCGAGCGUUGAGUAUCUUUACAUCAAGUGCCAGCUUUCUCGUCAAAAGAUAGGUGGGCGAUUAGACAACGGUUGAGUCUUUG